AUGGUCAAGAAAGUUGGGAAGUACGAGAUUGGAAAAACGUUAGGCGAAGGAACGUUUGGAAAGGUCAAGUAUGCAGUGAAUACAGAGACGGACGAGCGGGUGGCUAUUAAAGUUUUGGACAAGGAAAAGAUUCAGAAACAAAAUAUGGGUGCACAGAUUAAGAAAGAAAUUUCGAUUAUGAAAAUGGUGCGCCAUAAGCACGUUGUAGUGCUGAAGGAAGUGCUCGCUAGUCGUACCAAGAUUUUCAUUGUACUGGAGCUUAUUACGGGUGGUGAGCUAUUUGACAAGAUUGUGAGCGAAGGAAGAUUCAGCGAAGAGACUGCGCGUUUCUACUUUCGUCAGCUUGUGGAUGGCGUGCAGUACUGCCAUGAGAAUGGCGUGUGUCAUCGUGACUUGAAGCCGGAAAACCUACUGCUGGACGAAAAUGGAGAUUUAAAGAUAUCCGACUUUGGUCUCUCGGCUUUGUACGAAGGUGGCGGUUCGGACGGCCCAGAGAGUUCGCGUGCGUCGCUGCUGCAUACGACGUGUGGAACACCAAACUAUGUGGCCCCUGAAGUCCUUGCCGACAAGGGCUACGACGGACGCGCUGCUGAUGUCUGGUCGAUGGGUGUAAUUUUGUACGUGCUGCUGGCUGGUUUUCUACCUUUUGAUGAGCCGACAAUGUCGGCACUGUUCCGCAAGAUCCAAAAGGCCGAAUAUUCGUACCCGAGCUGGUUCACACCCCGCGUCAAAGCGCUGCUGAACAACAUUCUUGUUCCUGAUCCGGAAACACGAAUUACAAUCAAGGACAUUCUACAGGACGAGUGGUUUGUGAACGCACAUGGUGCCGACGAGCAGGCGUCUUCAGGUGCUGGCGCUGGUACGAUUAGUGCGGAAUUGGCGACUGCUCCUGUGCCCGAUCCCGUUGACCACAUGACCAUUAAGCCGAGCCAGGCCGAUUUGGAUGCGGCCAUCCUGGAGCACCAGGAUGAGAUUAACUCCGGCAAGAAGGACAAGUUAGACGGAGGCCUGAAGGUGAUGAAUGCGUUCGACCUGAUCAAUAUGUGCGGCGGAAUGGCUCUCAAUCGCAUGUUCCAGAGCAAUGAUGAAAAGCGAGUUAAGCGGGCAACGCAGUUCACGUCAACUAUCCCGGCAGCGAGCAUCAUGACUCGCCUGACGGGCCACUUGGAGAGUCUCCACUGCGAGAUUAAUGUGGAGAACUCUUCAAAGGUGAAGGCCGUGCUGCAGACACCUAAGGGUGCUGUCGGUGUAGUCAUUCAGAUCUUCAUGCUCGCGGAUAGCCUUCACCUGGUGGAGGUGCGUCGCGGCAAGGGCGACAUAUUCGAGUAUCACAAGUUCUAUACUCAGUUGAACGAGCAAAUGAAGGAUCUGAUCACGACCUCUGGUGGCGACUAG